UUGGCGUGUUGUAUUUGGACGGACCCGCCGAGCCUGGGGAUGGCUGACUGUGCGAGCUUGCGGGUGCCGCUGUGCACGGAGCAGUUCGGCUCCCGAGCCCCGCGCGCCUGCCGCGCUGCCGCCGACGGGAGUCUGCAGUGGGACGGGGCUCGGCGCUGGGGCUGGCUCUCCGGGAACCCGGCCUCGGAACCCGGGCAGGAUGCGGGUGGAGGCGGGGGUCCCUGGGCAGCGCUGCCCGCUCUCUCGGGCCUCAGAGCCGUGCUGCUGCCGCAGGGCUUCCCAGACAGCGUCAGCACGGACUACCUGCCCUACCAGCUGUGGGAUUCCGUGCAGGCCUUUGCUUCCAGCCUCUCCGGCUCCCUAGCCACCCAGGCAGUAUUGCAGGGCUUAGGGGUAGGCGACGCAAAAGCCUCUGUUUCAGCUGCCACGUCUACCUGGCUCCUGAAAGAUUCCACUGGCAUGUUGGGCCGCAUCAUCUUUGCCUGGUGGAAAGGGAGCAAAUUGGACUGUAAUGCAAAGCAGUGGAGGCUCUUUGCUGAUGUCCUCAACGAUAUAGCCAUGUUCUUGGAGAUUAUGGCUCCCAUGUACCCCAUCUUUUUCACCAUGACUGUCAGUAUCAGCAACCUAGCCAAGUGCAUUGUGGGUGUGGCUGGUGGGGCCACUCGAGCGGCACUGACCAUGCACCAGGCCCGAAGAAACAACAUGGCUGAUGUAUCAGCCAAGGACAGCAGCCAGGAGACAGUGGUGAACCUAGCAGGACUCCUGGUCAGCCUUUUGAUGCUUCCUCUGGUAUCAGAUUGCCCAAGCCUCAGCCUUGGAUGCUUCAUCCUCCUGACCGCUCUCCACAUCUAUGCCAACUACCGGGCAGUCCGAGCCCUUGUCCUGGAGACCUUGAAUGAAAGCCGGCUCCAGCUGCUUUUAAAGCACUUCCUUCAGAGAGGAGAAGUACUUGCGCCUGCUUCAGCCAAUCAGAUGGAGCCAUUGUGGACAGGUUUCUGGCCAUCCCUGUCUCUGUCCCUGGGUGUUCCUUUACACCACUUGGUCUCCAGUGUCUUUGAGCUCGAGCAGCUGGUUGAAGGGCAUCAAGAACCAUACCUCCUUUGCUGGAACCAAUCACAAAACCAGGUCCAGGUUGCUCUGAGCCAAGUGGCAGGCCCUGAGGCUGUCUUAAGGGCUGCCACUCAUGGCCUGGUUCUUGGAGCCCUGCAGGAAGAUGGACCACUUCCAAAAGAGCUAGCAGAGCUGAGGGAGCAGGCUCGGGCUGGUCCUAAGAAAGAAAGCUGGAUUCUCGUCAGGGAGACACAUCAAGUAUUGGACACACUGUUCCCAAAGUUCUUGAAAGGACUGCAGGCUGCUGGCUGGAAGACUGAGAAGCACCAUCUAGAAGUGGAUGAGUGGAGGGCCACAUGGCCCCUGUCUCCAGAAAAGAAGGUCUCAUAAGCAGCCCAGCUAGAGGCCCAGAGCCCAGGACAGGAGCCUGGAGCAAGGACACUACAGCUACAACAGGAUGUUAGAAGGGCAACUUUAUUUUUGCAUAGGCAAACUGCUAUGACCAAUUGGCCACCACCUUGUGGGAAGUGGCAACCAAUCAAAUGGACUGGACUCCAGGCGAAGAGGAAGGGAACCAGUUCCUUCCUACCACACCUUCUUGCCCCUUUUACUUUUCUGGGACCCACUACAAGGUCCCCAUCCUCACUCUCUGUGAGGCUCAGGCACACCCCUGUUGCAGCUCAUGGUACUGAACACAUUUGACUUUAUGCAUAAAAGCCCCAGAGGAACACAGCCACAGUCAUCAUGAGCAGGGCGUUGAGGUUGACGACACGGGCCCAGCGAGGGUCCUCACUGAUGUCCUCCAGCUGCCUAGUUGUUGCAGCCACCUCCUCACUAGUAGGUGGAGGACUUCCUGGCCCACUCUUGCUCAUUCCACAGAACCAGAGAAGGCACCUGCUGAGCAGGCUUGGCGCUGGGGACUGGACAUCUGGAAGAAAUGGUAAUUAUACAGUUAGUUUGAAGGGAGUUAGCUCCCCUAGCUUCCCAGGACACUCGCUGAAGCGUGCCUUACCUUCGAUCACCACCGCAUGAUCCUGGUACCCAUUCUGUACAGGGGACAGGGUCGGGCUUUCUAACUCAUCAGCAUCUAGGUCUUCCCGUUCCUCCUUGCUGUGCCGGAGACUGAAAACCAGGCGGUGGAGCUGGGAAGUUAGGGAGAAGGGACCAGGUGGGAGCUUUGCUCUCCACCCCAGGUCCACUGGCAUACCAAUUUUGUCAUUGCCUCCCUAGCCCCUGUCCUGGCCUGCACACUUGCCGAGGCUCAGCUCACUCAAGACUCCUCUUUCCAGGAUAGCCUUUGCCUUCACACUGAACCCCAAACUCUUCAUCUGAGUAUUAAAGUCAUUGGCCCUGCCCAGUCCCAUCCUGUUUCACCCCAAAUGUUAUGCCUAUGCCCAGAAUUGUAGUUCUUCAGACUGGUCUUAAAGCUCUGAUCACAGUGUGUUCCUAUUGUCAUUUGCUCCGCUCCCCCAAAAUGUCACUUAGGUAAAUGUGCUUGCCCUGGAAAUGAAACUUCAUACUGAACUCCCA